AGCUGGCAGGCUGAGUGCAGGCAAUGAGUUUUUUCCCUGUAAGUUGGGUCCAAAAAGAUCGGCCUGGGAGCAGCUUCCUCGGAGACAACUGCUUUGAGAGAAUGCAGGAGAAGGGAGCAGCCAGAAAUUCCUCCUGGCACAAAGUGCCCGGGGGAGGAGUCCACUUUGCUAAGUAUUGUCAUUUGCUGAAAGAAGGUGUGUGCUGAAGAAGGAGUUUUUAACCUGGAAGAUCAUUAACUCUUUCACUCAGCAGUCCGGAGGUGGCUCUGGAGUUGGUCCUGAAAGUGCCUGCACAGAAGGGUCAGGGAGCAGGAGUCCCGUGCGUUUCCAUGGGGGAUCACCUUGAGAAGGGCCAGCAUGCUUUACUCAAUGAAGGGGAUGAGAACGAGAUGGAGAUAUUUGGCUAUCGGACUCAAGGCUGUCGGAAAGCCCUUUGUCUCAUUGGAUCCAUCUUCUCUCUCGGAAUCCUCCCAUUGGUAUUUUACUGGAGACCAGCUUGGCGUGUAUGGGCAAACUGUAUCCCAUGUUCCCUGCAAGAAGCUGAUGUUGUGUUGCUGAGGACAACAGAUGAAUUCAAAAUUUAUUCUUGGAAAAAGGUAAUAUGGAUCUCCCUGUCAGCACUGAGCAGCACGUCUGGUCUCACUCCUGACCACCCUCUCAUUACAGAUGAGGAAUAUAUCAUAAACAGAGCCAUAAGAAAGCCAGAUCUAAAGGUGAGAUACAUAAAAGUGCAGAAGAUAAGAUAUGUUUGGAAUAAUGUAGAAGGACAGUUUCAAAAAAUUGGUUCCCUGGAAGACUGGUUCAGUUCUGCAAAGAUUCAUCAGAAAUUUGGAUUAGGUCUGACAUCAGAAGAACAGGAGAUCAGGAGGUUAAUAUGUGGACCUAACGCUAUUGAUGUUGAAAUCACGCCUAUUUGGAAACUGCUCAUCAAGGAGGUUCUAAAUCCAUUUUACAUCUUUCAACUCUUCAGCGUCUGUUUGUGGUUCAGUGAAGAUUACAAGGAAUAUGCUCUUGCCAUCAUCCUCAUGUCUGUCGUUUCCGUAGCUUUGACCGUGUAUGAUCUCAGAGAGCAAUCUGUAAAACUGCAUCAUCUUGUUGAAUCACAUAAUAGCAUUACAGUCUCUGUGUGUGAGAGAAAAGCUGGAGCCCAAGACCUGAAAUCCCGCCUCCUGGUGCCUGGAGAUUUAUUAAUUUUGACAGGGAGCAGAGUACAAAUGCCAUGUGAUGCCAUUCUGAUUGAUGGCAGCUGUGUGGUGGAUGAAGGCAUGCUUACAGGAGAAAGCAUCCCAGUCACCAAAACUCCGCUAUCCCAGACGGCGAGCUCUGCGCCCUGGAAGAUGCAGGCUGAAGCAGAUCCCAGACGGCAUGUUCUUUUUUGUGGUACAGAGGUCAUCCAGGCCAAGGCAGGUUGCUCCGGGACUGUGAAGGCAGUGGUCCUGCAGACAGGAUUCAACACUGCAAAGGGGGACCUUGUGAGAUCCAUACUUUACCCCAAGCCCAUGAAUUUUAAGCUCUACAGGGAUGCCAUCAGGUUCCUCCUAUGCCUUGUUGGGACGGCCACCAUUGGCAUGAUCUAUACCCUGUGUGUCUAUGUGCUCAGUGGGGAGCCUCCUGAGGAGGUGGCGAGAAAAGCCCUGGAUAUUAUCACCAUUGCCGUACCUCCUGCCCUCCCCGCCGCCCUCACCACAGGCAUCAUCUAUGCCCAGAGGAGGCUGAAAAAGAAGGGCAUAUUCUGCAUUAGCCCCCAGAGGAUCAAUGUAUGUGGACAAUUAAACCUUGUCUGCUUCGACAAGACAGGCACCUUAACGAGGGGUGGCUUGGAUCCUUGGGGAGUUGUACCCUGUGACCAGAAUGGAUUCCAGGCAGUCCACAGCUUUGCCUCAGGCAAAGCUCUGCCCCAGGGUCCGCUUUGUGCAGCCAUGGCCAGCUGCCACUCUCUGAUCCUUCUUGACGGGACCAUCCAGGGAGACCCUCUAGACCUGAAAAUGUUUGAAGCCACCAAAUGGGAAAUGACUAUUUCCGGGGAUGAUAUUCACAUCAAAGAAAUGCUGGCACACACCGUGGUAGUUAAGCCGACAGACACAGUUGGCCAGGUCCCAGUGGAAGGACUUGCAAUCCUCCAUCACUUCCCAUUCUCGUCAGCAUUGCAGAGGAUGACAGUCAUUGUGCAGCAGAUGGGAGGUGGCCGGCUGGCGUUCAUGAAAGGUGCACCAGAGAGAGUGGCCAGCUUUUGCCAACCUGACACAGUACCACCUAGUUUUAUUAGUGAACUUCAGAUUUAUACGACACAGGGUUUCCGGGUCAUAGGUCUGGCCUACAAGAAGCUGGAAACGGACUGCUCCACAACUGCCUUGAUGAGGGAGAAGGUGGAAUCAGACCUGAUAUUUCUGGGAUUGCUGAUCUUGGAGAAUCGGCUGAAGGAAGAGACAAAGCCUGUCUUGGAGGAGCUCAUCUCUGCCCGGAUACGGACCGUGAUGAUUACAGGUGACAAUCUCCAGACCGCAAUAACAGUGGCCAGGAAGUCUGGGAUGGUUUCUGAAGGCCAGAAAAUUAUUCUUGUAGAGGCAAAUGAAGCCACUGGUUCUUCAUCAGCAUCUAUCUCUUGGCAAUUAGUAGAAGAGAAGAAACAUGUGCCAUUUGGGAAUCAGGACAACUACAUCAAUAUCCGAGAAGUCCCAGAUAAUGGCGGAGAAGGAAGUUACCAUUUUGCCCUAAGUGGAAAAUCUUUUCAUGUUAUAAGUCAACAUUUCAGCAGCUUAUUGCCAAAGAUACUGAUCAAUGGGACCAUCUUUGCAAGAAUGUCUCCCGGGCAAAAGUCAAGUCUAGUGGAGGAAUUCCAGAAACUGGACUACUUUGUAGGUAUGUGUGGUGAUGGAGCCAACGACUGUGGGGCUUUGAAAAUGGCUCAUGUGGGCAUCUCUUUAUCAGAGCAGGAGGCAUCAGUGGCCUCACCUUUCACUUCCAAAACUCCAAACAUCGAGUGUGUGCCUCAUCUCAUCAAGGAAGGCCGUGCGGCUCUCGUCACGUCCUUUUGCAUGUUUAAGUACAUGGCCCUAUACAGCAUGAUUCAGUAUGUUGGUGUUCUCCUGCUCUACUGGGAGACAAACAGCCUUUCAAAUUACCAGUUUCUAUUCCAGGAUCUGGCCAUCACGACUCUCAUUGGUGUAACAAUGAAUCUAAAUGGUGCCAACCCGAAGCUAGUGCCGUUUAGACCUGCGGGGCGGCUGAUCUCCCCACCUCUGCUGCUCUCCGUUAUCUUCAACAUUCUUCUCAGUUUGGCCAUGCACAUUGUGGGCUUCGUCCUGGUGCAGAAGCAGCCGUGGUAUCUCAUGGAGUUGCACAGUGUCUGCCCAGUGAGGAAUGAUAGCAUCUCAGCUUUAACUACUGCCUCUCUCAGUGUUCCUGAGAAAACCAGAAGUAACAGCACCUUUGCAAGUUUUGAGAAUACUACUAUAUGGUUUUUGGGAACAAUCAAUUGCAUCAUUGUGGCUCUUGUCUUCUCUAAAGGAAAGCCCUUUAGGCAGCCCAUGUAUACAAAUUAUAUAUUUGUCCUUGUGCUGAUUUUACAGAUGGGCGUAUGUCUUUUCAUUCUAUUUGCGGAUAUCCCAGACUUGCAUAGGCGUUUGGACUUACUCUGUACCCCUGUCCUGUGGAGAGCCUACAUUCUCGUCAUGAUCAGCUCCAACUUUGUUGUGUCCCUAGCUGUGGAGGAGGCCAUUAUUGAAAACCGAGCUUUGUGGAUAGCAGUUAAGAGAUGUUUUGGCUAUCAAUCAAAAAGCCAGUACCGGAUAUGGCAGAGGAACUUGGCAAACGAUUCAAGCUGGCCCCCACUCAACCAAACCUCCUACUCUGACAUGCAGGGGGUAUCCUACAGCAACCCCGUGUUUGAGAGCAAUGAGGAGCAACUCUGAAAGAAAGCGAUAUCUAAACUGUUAUCAAAAUGAAGAUUUAGAAGGACCUGUUUCAGGGAUGUUAGAGCAAGUUGGUUCUUACAACUAUCAGCUGGAGUUCGGGGAAUAGGCUGCCAACUCAUGGUGACAAGUUAAAGUCUAUUUGCUCAGAUGGAGCCUAUGGGGAACAGUGUCCCCAGAAGAUGGCUUUCCUCCUGGCUUCUGACACAUCGGUGACACCUGUUCUAACCAAGAAUGGAGCAAGUGUGGCAAUGGGCCCAAAGACUGGCAGAUAUCCGAAGGGAAAUCUAUCAUCUUAGAAUAAUUCUUUCUCAGAAAAAUAAAAAUAAAUUGAGGGAAGGUGACACAUGUGUAUUCCUAGAGUUGUAAUACAUUAAGUAUCUGUUUUGAAUUGUUACUUGAUGGAGAACUAACACAAGAGAAGUGUCUUGUAAUCUCCCCUACCAGGUUUCAAAUUUACCACCUUCCUUCUCCUACUGCCCUUUCUCUGUCUAUUUGUUACAAUGACACACACCCCUUCAUCUAAGUGCCUUAACACACUAGAGCUCUUUUCUUGCUUCAGAACUCUGAAACAGCUGUCUCCAGGGUGGUGAUCACUUCAGGGUGACGACUCUACCAUCGAAACUCAGAGACUCUGUGUUCACCAGAGGAGGGCAAGGAAACACUGGAGACAACAUGGGGGUGGUGUCACUGUUUCAAGCUCAAUACAGCACCUCUGUCCACUCCUACUCUCAUCCCAUCACCAGAGAUUUGGCCCAGGAGCUGAGGAGUGUUGUCUCCUGUAUCUAAAGUAAGACCUGUGGCUAAAUAGGUCUCCUGAUUAGAAGGGCCUCACACUUGUUUAAUACUAUGUUGUUUCUAUUUAGUAAAUUUUUGGGCUAUAGUUCCCCUACUUUCAGGCCCCAUAAUGAUAUAUUUGUCUCUCUUUUAAUCUAGAGGCAAGGUAGAGGACAACCAAAGAGCAUAAGUAUCGAUUGCUCCCCUGAUUAUAUGAAUAACUUAUGUUUUAGGGGUCCCUCAUCUUACUUGUACCCUGCUCUGCUGUUUUGGGGAUGUUCCUUGUGUGUUCUUCAUUGUCUUUUGUCCUUGAGCUAAGUCCUUACACACCUGUGCCUUUCUUGCUUAAGAACCUGCUUCUAGAAAAAAAAAUUCUCUUAUUUUAGCCCCUUGGACAGCUGGAUUAUAUUGGAUUGUCCCAGCAUAGGAAACAUCCAGGUUUCUCUCAGGUCUAUGGGCAGCACUGAGCUUUAGGCCAGUGUCUACCCAUAGAUUUUUUUUUUAAUUUAAGAAUUAUUUUAAACCAUAUAUUUUGAUCUUUUUCCCCUUCCCAAACUCCUCCCAGAUCUUCCUUACUUUUGGACCCAUCCAACUUUUGUUCUCUUUCUUUCUCUUUCAAACAAGCAAACCAAAAAAAUUAAAAGGAACAAACAAACAAGAUGCCCAAACAAAACAAAAAGCCUACAGACAAACACAAAAUCAUAUUUUGGCUAGGAAGAACACAUCUUUACUUUCAGCAUUAGGGAGACGGAAGCAUGCAGAUUUUGGUGAGUUCAGGGUCAGCUUAGUACUUACAGCACACAUAGAAUUUUAAAGUAAAACAAAAUUUCUACUAUGAAUGUCGUGGAACAGCCACUAGAGAAGUCUGCUUGGACACGGGUUUGAGCCAACAGAAGGUCUUUGUUAACUGGCUACCUUCUCCACUGGUACGGCAGCUCUUGACGGUAUUUCUAAAAUUGACAGCUUUUCUCAUGUUCCACAAAGAAAAGGCUUUGGACGAAUGCCCUUGGAGGAGGUCUACAGUGAAAUCAUGAAGAACAACACUGUCAAGGGCUUUUCCUGCAACUAACUGGUUAAGUUUAUACAGUUCUAAGAUUCCACAGGAAGGGCUUAGCAUCCCCACCAUACAAGUGAUGAGAGGAAGACACAGGCCUCAUACAGCUCUCCUAAAUAAGCCACACACUGCUGCUAAGCUGCUCUCAAUUGAUAAGCAGAACCCAGUAGGGCAGGGUGUUCUGUGUGACAUCAUUGACAGGUGGACAGUGGGUUUCUUAUUUGCAGAUUGAAACAAGCCUCCAAGUAAUAACACACUUGUGUUCAAAUGCAUGGCAGGCAUACUGCCAGGCCCAAACUAACUAUCUCUAUCUAUCUAUCUAUCUAUCUAUCUAUCUAUCUAUCUAUCUAUCUAUCUCUCUA